UCUAAGUCCACUCGUACCUGUGCACUCUCGAAAUGAAGCCAGACGCGUAAGCAGACUUAAGACGCAGGACAGGAUCAAGGAUACAACAGAAGUCGUUUAUAUGGGAACUACAAAGCGUUUUAUGGAUUCCUACACUACUGAUCGGGCAUUGCUUGGACAAUGAUCUUACUUAGCUGAAAAAAAGUCGCGCUAUAUUUCGCACGCGUAAAACCGAGGAUAAUCAUGUGCAGAAAAACGCGACGCUGGAUAUUCCGUGUAUUUCUGUGUCUUGGAAUUAUUUACUUGAAAAUUGGUGGCUUCUCAUCUGUCGUGGCCCUGGGAGCAAGCAUAAUAUGUAACAAGAUUCCCGGUUUGGCGCCUCGACAGCGGAUCAUCUGCCAAAGUCGACCCGAUGCCAUUAUUAUCAUUGGAGAAGGAAUUCAGAUGGGAAUAAACGAAUGUCAGUACCAAUUCAGAAACGGACGCUGGAAUUGUUCUGCGCUGGGAGAGAGAACCGCCUUCGGGAAAGAAUUGAAAGUGGGAAGUAAAGAGGCUGCCUUCACCUAUGCCAUCAUAGCAGCAGGGGUGGCCCAUGCCAUCACAGCAGCCUGUACCCAGGGCAACCUGAGCGACUGCAGCUGCGAUAAGGAGAAGCAGGGAUUCUACGGCCGUGGCGAUGGGUGGAAGUGGGGCGGCUGCUCAGCAGAUGUCCGCUACGGCAUCGGCUUCUCCAAGGUGUUCAUCGAUGCCCGGGAGAUCAAGCAAAAUGCCCGCACGCUCAUGAAUUUGCACAACAACGAGGUGGGACGCAAGGUUCUUGAAAGAAACAUGCGUCUAGAAUGCAAGUGUCACGGGGUGUCUGGGUCAUGCACCACCAAAACCUGCUGGACUACACUGCCCAAGUUCCGUGAGCUGGGCUACACGCUAAAGGACAAGUACUCACAGGCCCUGCAUGUGGAGCCGGUCAAAGCCAGCCGCAACAAGCGGCCCACGUUCCUCAAGAUCAAAAAGCCCCAGUCCUAUCGCAAGCCCAUGGACAGCGACCUCGUGUACAUCGAGAAGUCGCCCAACUACUGUGAGCCGGACCCUCUGACGGGCAGUGUGGGAACGCAGGGCCGCAUCUGCAACAAGACGCUGCAGCACCACACGAGUGGGUGCGACCUGAUGUGCUGUGGCCGCGGCUACAACACGCACCAGUACUCACGCGUCUGGCAGUGCAACUGCAAGUUCCUCUGGUGCUGUUACGUCAAGUGCAACACCUGCAGCGAGAGGACAGAGGUGUACACGUGCAAAUGAACAAGGCGUCUUUCUUCUCUCAGAUCCCCCCUCUUACCGCGUGCAUGGUAAGCAUUUUAUCUUGCCUGUGGGCAGGUUUUUGUUUUGAAGGGAGGCAUACAUUUCUGGAUGGAAGACGUUUGGCGAUUCUUUUAAAAUUCCAAUUGCACACGUCUGGAACGUCUGGAAAUAGAUAUUUGUCGACCCCACACAAUUUUUUUGUUUGUUUUCAAAAAACAGUACAUUGAGAGAUGGGUUACAUUGGAGGAAGUCUGGAUCUGAAAGCUGGAACAUACAGCCCUCAGGCUACACCCCUGUGCAUGUUAAACCCCAUGGAAAUGGCACAGCCAUGGGGUCCACAUGUUGUCAGUUUGGUUGUAGCUCCUGGUGAAUUGCAUUGGGGCUGUCUCAAUGGGCACUGACUGCUGGACAGAUGGACAGACUACCAUUGAUAUAUGCAUGUACAGUUGUCUAUAGUCGUAAUGUUUAUAAGUACUUUGAUGGGAGAAUCACUCAGUGGAAACAGUUGCAAUGGAAUAUAGCAGUGAUGGGACUAUUUAACUCUUGAUGUAGACACUCAAAUGAUAAUUAAUUUAUUUAACAAGGAAACUACUGAUUUCUUUUUCUAUGAAAUGAGCUAUGUUUGAAUAGACAUACAUUAUUGCAUACAGUCAUAGAGAAACACUGGAACUGAUAAUAUGCUACUGAACCAUACUGGCCUGUUUGGCCAGUUGACUCCAUCAAGGACUUUCGCUCAUAGAUUUUCUCCUUCUGUUGCUGCUAGUAUGGGAGUCUUGCAUAUGCUAUAAUUUAGAACCACUGGUUACUGGUUGUCAAUAUGACGACUUGAUUUAUCAAACUGGGCGUAGUGGACAAACUCAGACACAUUGUUUUUCAUUUGAAAAUGUUAGUUGAGAGUAUAUUUUGUGAAAGAAUAUUUUUAUAUGAAUGUUUUAUUUAUACUUUACUACUUUGUGUCUCAUAACACUACUGUUACUGAGUUUUCUCUCUCUUUACUGUUGCAGCCAAAAUUAAGGGUGACAUUAAAUGCUGGUAUUGAUAAACCUA